GAGCAGGCAAGAGUGAUGCAAUAUUGCUCGAGUUACCAGCCGACUUCAGCAAAGUCAACAAAAACGAACCAAAGCAUCGACACACGGGCUGCAAACUGCACAUACAAAACCCGAAAACAUACCUUUGAGAGACGCCUCAAAGCCGUGCAAAUCCACCUGUCAGUACUGGAAUGCAGCAUGAUAUCAAGUUUUGUACGUAACUGUGCGUCUGACGUCACCCCCCUUAGUAACCCUCGGCGGCGUCUCCAGGAGAGAGGCAACAAGAUGGGAUUGCUGUCCAUUCUGCGUAAGCUAAAGAGCACACCAGACCAGGAGGUUAGGAUACUGCUGCUGGGUCUGGACAACGGCGGGAAGACCACCCUGCUCAAACAGCUGGCAUCUGAGGACAUCAGCCACAUAACCCCCACACAGGGAUUCAACAUUAAGAGCGUCCAGUCUCAGGGCUUUAAACUGAAUGUCUGGGACAUUGGAGGCCAGAGGAAGAUCAGGCCGUACUGGAGAAACUACUUCGAAAACACUGAUGUGCUGAUUUAUGUCAUUGACAGUGCUGACAGAAAGAGGUUUGAGGAAACAGGUCAGGAGCUGGCUGAGUUGUUGGAUGAAGAGAAGUUGAGCGGCGUUCCUAUUCUGAUCUUUGCAAACAAACAGGACCUGCUAACAGCUGCCCCAGCCUCCGAGAUCGCUGAGGGCCUCAACCUGCACACCAUCCGGGACCGCAUGUGGCAGAUCCAGUCCUGCUCCGCCCUCACUGGUGAGGGGAUUCAGGAGGGCAUGAACUGGGUCUGCAAGAGCGUCAACUCCAAGAAAAAAUAGCUUUGCUUCUAGUCUUCUACUACUCAGGAGGAACAGCAGCAGCAGCAGCACACACACAUACACUGACACACACUGCACCCUCCUGAGCCUUUGUACGAUGGAAUAUACCUGUGAAUGUAAACACACUACUAAUCCAACAUGGACUUGGAGUUUUUAACCCCCUGCGUUCCUGUAUCGCUGAUGUUUACUAAUCUCAACACAUCUUCCUACGUUGGCCUCUACAGAGAGGAGGAGGAGGGGGUAGGGGGGUUGCCUUCAACGGGAACCCAAGCCAGGAAAUCGACCCCCUCCACUCCUCCACAGUCCACCCACAUCACUAUCAGAGUCCUAGCCAAUCCCAGCGACCGUUGUUGUGGAAGUUUUUUCCUGCUGCUGGUGAAGAAUGAAAUAGAGACUUCUGCCGGCCGACAAGGUUUUAUUUUCAUUAAAAGAAAAGGUCAAUCAGCACACAAAGUGUUCUGUGAAGAAAGACCCCGAACAUGGGGAGACCUAAGCAUUUAUGCCUGAGGAACGACCCCUGAGGUGUGUUUCACAUCCUUUUGUCUGCUGCAGGUGUUGGCAUGGACUCUCUAGGGUGUGUCUCACACCUGGGGUGUCUUGCAGGAUUUUGCAUCCAGGCGAUAGGUAUUGAGAGAUCUAGACAUCCCAAUCUAAUACUCAAAGGGAGAAGAGAACCAAAUUGCAAUUACACCAUCCACAGCCUGUCACAACUUCAAACAUUCCCAUUAAACUGCUGUUUUUCAUUGGAAUUCCAGCUUGUUCUUUAAACUCUUUCGCACACUGUCCUGGAAACCAGCCCCCACCCCCCCCAUCUCCAUCAUCUUUUUCUCCAUCUUCUUCCCACAGGUCAACAUGUGUUGUUGUUGUUGUUGUUGUUUUUUUUUAUCAUUCCACGAUGGCUGUAAGUGCUUUUCUUGCUAUGGCUCUGUUUGAAGUGAGGAAUAUUUUUGUAAUUGUUUUAUUUAUGGUGAAGUAGAGUGUAGAGUGCUUUUAAAACAACCGGCGUGGUGCGUGUGAUUUCAAGGAUGUUGGAGAAACGGUUCGACUCUCCCCACUAAAGAAUAAUACUGUACAUGUUAAUAUGUAUUAAAAAAAAGAAAUUAAAUGAUUAAGAGGAACUACUUUUUUGGAUCAACUGUAAAUAGAUUGGCCCUGUGUUCAUAUGUUACGUUAUGCACAUCUUAUAGAGUAUUUGUUACCCUGCUGUACUUUGUAGUCUAUAAUGUUUGCAUAUCUAAUAUACGUUAGCAGAUUUUUAACAGAGGUAAAUGGUAUGUAUUGUUUGUCCCAAUGCAUUUCUUUGUGCUCCUUGGGUUAGUGAGGGAAUUCACUCUUUAGGCAUUUCCUUUUGAUAUUCUUGAAUGUAAUCUGUCCAGAAUUGAAGGUACUGUAUGUGAAUAAAAAGACAAGAAAAACAUU